CUCGACAGGUUAUCAGAUUAUUACAUCAAAGGAUUGAACGAUUUAAAUGAAGAUGAUGGGUUAAAAAUGUUUUAUAGUGCUUCUCUGCUAGUCCAAAUAUAUUCUGUACAAGAACUUUAUGACAAUUUAAAGAAAACAAAAAAUAAAAAGGAUCAAUUGAUAUUUGAAAGGCACUUGGCUGAUUGGGAUUCGAGGAAAAAAAGGAUUUUGGGACUUGCAGAUUCCCUCGUUGACAAGGAUAUGGAAUUUUGUAUAAAUUUUCUAAAUCCAGAAUUAAAUUAUUUUUAUACGGUGACUAAUUUAUUUAGUGAUGAUACAGUGAAGGCAGAAAAUACUGCUAAAGAGCUUCAAACCAAAGCAUAUAAAGAGGUUUAUUUUAUUAAUAAUUCAAAAAUUUGGAGAAACUUUUAA